UUCAUCAUUCUGAUCGGAUUCAAUACAUUUUGUGUCAUCGCUAGUCUGUAAAACAAUACUAAUAGAUUACCCCUUAGAUUAGAUUAAUAUUUUUCCCCCCCAAACCUCUAUUUUGAACUCCUGAUCUUUAACUCCUUAUGGUUUUACUGUGAUCUAAUUUAAUAAUUGAAUUUGUAGGAGAGGAUCCAAGGAAAUGAAAAAAAUCAUUUAUCUCCUUCAGAAGAGUCAUCAUUUUACAAAAACGUAGAGGUAUUACUGGUUGAACCUCAAGGAACUCCAGAACAAAAAUUGGCACAAUGUUUGAAAGAGAGCAGUCUCAGAAUUUCUCCCAAUGUCAGCAACCCUGCACAGAUAUUCCCGGAGAGAACUGAGAGAAGUGAAAAAAAAUGCAAGGAGGUGCUACAAGUGAACACUUCAGAGAAUGUCAUGGGUGAACAUGAUGAUUCUGUUUACAUUUUUGAUGAAAACUCUCAUGAAAUUCCAUUUGAUCCUGAUUUCCGUGAUAUAAGUGAGUUGUUUACGGACCUCCAGGAUGUUUUUGAUCGUGUGGAAGAACCAUUAACAAGACAUUCAUCAACAGAUGAUGAGCAGGUGAACGAUUCCGAUGAUGUACAAAACCAGGCAACAUCUGAAAACUUUUUGGUAUUUGAGGCGGUCAAUCAGGAUGAUACCACCGCUGAGCUUAUGGAAACAAGAGAAUAUUUACCCGAAACCAUUAACUGUGAAGAAGUCCCACCUGAGGGUAUUGCAGUUGAUGGCGUAAACGAGAAAAAUCAUGAACAACCACCACCACCACUACAGGUAACAGAGGUUACGAAGAAAUCUCGAACUUGGAAUCGGACUAAUGCAUGUCCAUAUUGCAGACCGUUCAUUCUCAUAACAAAUUUCACCAGACACCUCAAAAGGAAUCAUGCCGGAGAAGAUGAAGUACUUGACUUGGCUCGAAUUGUCGCUGAAUCUGAUUCAAAAGAGGACUUGAAAAUUAGAAAAAAAAGAAGAACGGAGCUCACUGAAAAGUUAAGACUGAAAGCCAACUAUGCUUAUAAUGUAGCUGUAAUGAAUAAAGAAGUGGAAGGCUCACUCCUUCCAGUUCGACGAUCGAAUUGCACCGACUCUGUAAUGAAUGAAGAAAACCAUGCAACAUGUGCUUACUGCCAAGGUCUGUUUGCAAGAAACACUCUGUAUCUUCAUGUGCCAAUUUGUAAAAUGAAUACCUCUAAAGAUUUGAAUACUUCAGGUACAAAAAGAAGAGUGCUAAGAACAAGUGCAAUAAUGUUAUCGGCUGGGCCUAAGGAGGCUUCGAAGGAGCUGAAAGAAUUGGUUUUCCCUCGCUUACAACACGGAGAAGUAUCUCUCAUUGCUAAGUCGGACCCUCUUAUUGUUCAGUUUGCCUCCCGUAUGAUCAAAAAACAUUUUGAAAAAGGCAAGAUAAAUUACAUUAAAAAUUGUAUGCGAGAUCUGGCUAGAUUUUUCAUUGAGAUGAAAAAAAUUGAUUCCAAUUUAAAAAAUUUAAAAGCGUGCUUUCAAGUCAAGCAAUACAACAAUGUCAUACUUACUAUUCAGUGCAUGUGUGGAAUCGAUUACGACACAAAUAAAGUGUCCUCUCCGAGUGAUGCUGCUCGAUUGAAAGGUGCUAUUGCAAAGUGUAUUGAUAUUAUCUAUUGUAAUGCACUAAUGGAUCAAACUGAUCACGUGGCCAUUAAAUCUGAGCUAGAUCAAUUUAUGCAUUUACUAAUACUACAAAUUGGCAGUAUGAGAUUUCAGGUCGGACAAACCGGGCGCAAAAGCAAAACAAAAUGCAUAAAGAAGAAGUCCUUCCUGAUAGUCAAGACAUUUUGGAUGCAUGCUUAAAGAUUGAAAAACAUGAAGUAGAUUUGUCCCGAGAACUAAUGCGAAAUCCUUCUAACUUAGUUUACAAAAAUCUAACCAAGCUUGUCAUCGCCCACCUGAUUAUUCUCGGACGCAAGCGUCCCGGAGAAGUGUGUUGUGCUGAGGUAAAAGAUUUUAAUAAUCGCAAGAGUGCUGACAAGGAGAGCAAUGAGGAGUACAUACAAGUGUUGUCUGAAGAAGAAAGAAAGAGCUAUGACGCUCUCCUUUCUUUCC